AUGAAAACAAGGAGACGAAAUUACGACCCAGACAGACUCAGUGAUUUACCUGAUUGUGUUUUAAUUCACAUAUUAUCCACUUUGAACACCAAAUAUGCCGUUCAAACUUGCAUCUUCUCCAAAAGAUGGAAGAAUCUAUGGAAAAAUCUUCCUGUUCUUUCCCUGGAUUAUUGUUGCUUCAAGUCUCUUACUGCUUUCAACAGAUUUGUGUCUCGAGUUUUUUCUCUACGCGAUAAGAAAACCGCACUGCAAGCUCUGGAUUUUUACUGCGAGAGUCAUAUCCAGCAUCGUUUACUCAAAAGGAUUAUAAAAUAUGCAUUUUCACACAAUGUCAAGAUAAUGGAUAUAUGGAUGGGUUGUACUACCGAACCCUUUCCACUUUCCUACUUUUCUUCUCAUACUUUAACGUCUCUUAACCUUACUACUUCAUUACGCCGUUGUUGUCGCACAAUAUUUCCUAAUUCUCUUAAUUUUCAGUCAUUAACCAACCUGUCUAUUCGGUACUUUGCCUUUCGAAGCAGUGGUGAUGAUGGCUAUGUUGAACCGUUUUCCGCAUUGAAAAGUUUGAAUACUUUGAUCAUUGAUUGUUGUAAAGUUCAUGAUGAAGAUAUCCUCUCCAUAUCAAGCGCCACUCUUGCUAAUUUAACAAUAAGAAUGAUUCCAAGUUACAACUACAAAUUUGAGUUAUCUACCCCAAAUCUGCAUAGCUUUGAUUUUACCGGCAAUCCUCUUCAGAAACUCAGCAACAGCCAUAACAAUCUCUCUUCUAUCACACAUGUAAAUAUUGAUGUACAAAUAAGGUUAUCCCUAGAAAAUUAUCCAUUGAUUCUACUCAAUUGGCUAACCGAACUUGCUCUUGUCGAAUCAUUGACGGUCUCUUCAAGGACUCUUGAGAUUCUAUACUUAGUUCCUGAUUUAUGGAAUAUUGAUUUCCGUUACCUACGGAAGUUGAAGUCAUUGAAAAUAAAAAAGCACGGAUCUUCACCAAUACCUCGCGGAAUAGACGACUUCUUGCUUCAAAAUGCACCGUCUGCAGAGAAAUCUAUCAUAGAUUUGUGA